CCCUCACUCUCCCAUGCCUCUGCUGCAAGUGCGAGGUGCAUUGACGCAGCUCGUCACCAAGCAAUCGCCGCUCUUUACUGCCCACCGCUGGUACGCCCGUGCGACCGCCAUGGGGGACCUCACGCCGAUAGAGUCAUCGAUGAGGGAUAAGCUCGUGCAAGAGUUCACUCCCUCGGUGCUCAACAUCAGGAACGACUCUUCGAAGCAUGCACACCACGCAGCCAUGGUCGCGCAGGGUGGGGGAAAUGGAGAGACUCACUUCUUUGUCGAGAUCGUCUCGCAAGCCUUCGAGGGCAAGACGCAAAUAUGGCGACACCGAGCCGUUAAUAAUCUCAUGAAGGACGAGUUUGCAAAGGGGCUCCACGCACUCAGCCUCCGGACCAAGACACCUGCCGAGGCCGAGAAGGAAGCAGCCUUUGACAAGGCUUCGUCGAAGUCCUAGAGGCUGUGGUGCUUCGAUGUGAUCUAAAACGUGUAUUUAUAAUAAAAGCUCCCGUCUUUCAGCCCCGCCGGAGCAAUGCGGCAUUAUUAACCUCGAG